AUGGCCUCGGAACAAAAGCGCGAGCGCUUCGCGCCAAAAGUGCCAGUACAGCUAGAUCCCCCAAAAGACGACCUGAUCUCCCUAGAGGAAUUGGCCAAAAGCGACGGAUCCGAUCCCAAUCGCCCAACUCUACUCGCUAUCAAGGGAGUUGUCUUUGACGUGACCCGGAACCCUGCCUACUCAGCCACUGGUCAAUAUCGCGGUGAGAUUUUGUUGGACCUCGGUUAUGCGACAAACAGGGACCCUUCGCGUGCUCUUGCACUUUCCUCCCUUAAGCCAGAAGACUGUGUGCCUGAGUGGUCUGAUUUGGAGGACAAGGAGAAGCAAGUGCUGCAUGAUUGGUUUACUUUCUUCAGCAAGCGGUACAAUAUUGUUGGCAAGGUUGAGGGGGCUACGAACACUUAG